AUGAAUUUGAUGUCACUUGAUCAACGCGUGGUUGUUAGGUCGACUGAAACCUCAUUCGAGAGACAGUUUUCGGGUCAUCUUCGAGAUGUCAGAGAUGCCAUUUUUCUGGGUCGACACAACUUUGUGUCGGGCAGUGAUGACACAACCAUACGACUCUGGGACAUAAUGAAUGGGAGUGAACUAGAUGUCAGUAGGCUUCAUACAGAUUAUGUUCGCUGUCUUGAAAACUACUCACCAGGAUGUUUUUUCAGUGGUUCCUACGACCACACGAUUAAUAUAUGGGAUACUCGUAUUGGUUUUUCACACCCGCUUCAGACGAGUGGCCGAAAUGUUGAGAGUCCUAUAGAAGCAUUAUUAUUCACGCAUGCAAACCUCUUGGUGUGUGGUGCGGGUGACCAAAUAAUGCUGUUCGAUAUGCGCAAAGGUCUUUCCACUGCUCUUUUGCAGGAAUCACAUCAUACGAAAGCGGUGGUGACGCUCGCAUGCUCUAAGAAACACAAUGUGAUCAUUACCGGAUCACUCGAUCAAAGGGUGAAAAUGUUUUCUUUAGAGAAAGGAGGACUCGAUCCUGUGGCUAGCAAGAAGUUCGAUGCCCCAGUAACGGCUGUAGGGAUUCACCCCGAUUCUUCCGAAUUCGCUGUCGGUACAGCAGAAGGGGAGCUCCGUAUAAUGAAACUCGACGACAAUUCUCUAAAGGAAGAGGAAGAUGAUGAUAAAGAAAAACACCAGGACAAGCGAAAUGAUUUUUUAAAUGCAAAGCUUCACGACGUGCAACAACAACUCGUCUCUUAUCAGUAUAAUCGGGCGCUAAAAACAGCUCUGUAUUCACGCAAUUCUGAUGUUAUUGUUUCUACGCUUGAGGAACUUAUUCGUCGUGGGGCUUUACAUGUAGCGUUGAGUGGUCAGAAUGAUCGAACCAUUGUGCGCAUCCUUCGGUUUUCGGUAGACUACAUUGAUCGUCCAGAGUUCUAUGAGUCGAUGAUGAUUGUUUUGGACACAAUUUUUGAAAUUUACGGCACUUGCGUUGGGAAGAGCACUUUUCUUCACCGGGAAAUGAUAAUUGCGCAUCGGCGUCUGGGUUCUGUUCUUUCAACACUCCAAAGAAUGGAACGCACCAUGAGCAUAAUGGAGUUGAUUGUAAAUGACGUUUAA